ACGUUUGUCAAUAUCAGCCGCUGCAGCUAAAAUGAUAAAAAAUCCGUUGGUUUGGGUUGACUGUGAGAUGACAGGUCUUGACUUGACCAAGGAUCACUUGAUCGAGAUCGCGGUAUUAAUUACUGACGGCGAUCUCAAUAUUGUAGCCAAGGGCCCUGAGAUCGUUAUUCAUCAACCAAAGGAAGUAAUGGAUGAUAUGAAUGAAUGGUGUAUUGAACAUCAUGGGAAGUCUGGCUUAACAAAACAAGUAUUGGAAUCAAAAAUCUCAGCGCAAGAAGCUGAAAAGCAAGUAUAUGACUUUUUGAAAAAGCAUGUGCCUGCUGGAGUCGCACCUUUAGCGGGUAACUCAGUGCAUGCUGAUAAGCAGUUUUUAUUGAAGGAAAUGCCUAGUGUUGUUGAGCAUUUGCAUUACCGUAUUGUUGAUGUCAGCACCAUUAAGGAAUUAUCCAAGAGAUGGUAUCCUGAUAUUGCUGCCAGCGUUGUCAAAAAGGGUGGCCACAGAGCUUUGGAUGAUAUUGUUGAAAGUAUUGAGGAACUGAAGUACUAUAGGGAAAACGUUUUUAUCAAAGCAUAAUUUGUCGGGAAAAGCAAACGUACAUUCUGUUAAAAUUCCUGGGUCCGUGAUACGAGUGUUAUUUGCUCUUUUUAGUCUUUUAAACUAAAACUGGCUACGCUAAAUAUCAGACAUAAGAUAGGCUUUUAAACAAAAAAAAAAAAAAAAAAAAAAAAAAAAAA